CGGUUGACCUCAUGUUACAAAGCAUUGUCUGUGUCCUGUGUGCCGAAGAAGCGUCAAGUUUCUAUACACAGUGUUCUUGUGUAGAUUCUAGUAAUAUAUCUAGAUCUAGAUUUCCCAGUUUUAUAAAUUCGCAGUUGUUCUAAAAAGUCGUUUAGACAGCUGAAACUUGUUGCACCUGCUGCAUAUUUGCCUGUUUUUGAGAUAGAUUUGGCCACCUAGGCUACCAACGAUCACAACUUCGCACAACUGUGCAAAGAUGGCAGACGCCGAUGGGCCUGAGAACCCUGCAGUUAGCAGAUUCCGCGAGUAUCUUCGCAUCAACACGAUGCAACCAACUCCUGAUUAUGAUGCUGCACUGGCAUACUUGAAAAAACAAGCUGAUGAAAUUGGACUGGAAUUUCGAGUGUUGGAGUCUGGAGUGGAAAACCGACCAAUUGGCUUGAUGACGUGGAAGGGAACGAAGCCAGAAUUACAAGCCAUUCUGCUGACAUCACAUAUGGAUGUGGUCCCAGUUUUCCCGGACAAGUGGACUCAUGAACCUUUCAGUGCAGACAAGGAUGACAAUGGAGAUAUUUACGCUCGUGGGUCCCAGGACAUGAAAUGCGUCUCCAGUUGGUAUCUUGAAGCUAUUAGAAGGUUCAAAGCUGAGGGGAGGACAUUUACGAGAACGAUACAUUUAUCGUUCACCUCAGAUGAAGAAAUUGGCAGUCUUCCCAGUAAAGGUUUUAGUGAAAGCAAAGCUUUCAAAGAUUUGAACAUUAGGUUUGGACUUGAUGAAGGUAUUGCUUCCCCUGGCAACACAAUGCGAGUCUUCUAUGGAGAGAGGUCUAUCUGGUGGAUGAAAAUCAAGUGUGAAGGCCAGCCAGGUCAUGCCUCUAUGUUUAUAGAGAAUACAGCAGCAAAGAAAUUGCAAUUUAUCAUCAACAAGUUUUUGGGUUUUCGGGAUGAACAGGAGAAAAAAUUCAAGGCAAACCCAAAUGCUGGCAUCGGAGCUGUGACUACUGUUAACAUGACAAUGUUAGAGGGAGGGGUCCAACCCAACGUUGUACCUGCUGAAUUGUCUGCAACAUUUGACAUGCGGAUCCCGCCUACCACAGACUUUGCCGCCCUGAAGGCUACAAUACAACAGUGGUGUGAAGAGGCUGGAACGCAAGUGUCUGUUGAGUUCCUAGUUUAUGGAGAGAACACUGAGAUGGUAAAGAUCAGUAAAGACAACCCAUGGUGGGAGGCCUUCUCCUCUGCCUGCAAGGCUGUGGAGAUUGAGAUUCAACCAGAGAUAUUCCCUGCAGGAACAGACAGCCGCUUUUUCAGAAAGGCGGGUGUAGACAUGAUAGGCUUCUCUCCGAUGAACAACACACCCAUUCUCCUUCACGACCAUGACGAGCGACUGAACGAGAAAGUUUUCCUCCGCGGCAUCGACAUCUACUGUGGCAUCAUCCCAGCCCUAGCAAACCUAGAGGUGUGAAGGCCCUGGCUAGGUCGACGCAAAUUGUGUUCUAUUGAUAGCAGUCCAUUCACAGUCAACCUAGUUCAUCAUUGUGAAAGCAACCUUUCCUGUGCUUAGAAGGGCCUCAAUUUCAAACAAAACACAGUUCUAGUGAUGUAAAGGCAAAACAAGUGCAAAUAAUUACUUUUCCAGAUCCCUAAAGGUGAUCUCAAAGAAAAAGUGUACAGAUAAACUAUAUAUCACAUGAACAACAUUUGAACCUUUUGAACAUGUCACUCUUUACAUAAAGUUCUUUACAUACACAUCAAGUAUCAAGACCUUGACUCAAUCAUACCUAAAAUGUAUGUUUUGAUUGCUUCUAUUGCAGAAAUCCAUUGUCAUAGCUUAAAUGAGAAUUAUAACAUGUUAUUCCUAUUUGCAUUAGAUGAACUAUUGGAAGUAAGUGAUGAAGAGAGUGUUGACUUUUUUACCGUCUUCAUGUUCGUGUUUGAAAGGAGAGAGUGUAAACAAAACUUUUUCUCUCAAAAGAAUACAAAAUGACUAAUACUGUGUACGCUGUGAAAUGAAUAUAAAAAUGCAGACUUUCUGCUUCUCCUCCGAUGCAACCUGAGAGACUUGAAAGUGAAUGUUUUAAGUUUUUGUAAUCUUCUAUUUAGAAUAAUAUAUAUUCAUGUGGAUUAUUAAAAAGUGUUCAGUUGAAGUAUUCAUUCAGGGCAUUGUUUUCUUCUUGUGAUUUUUUGUUCACACAGAUAAAAAUGCUCUUUAUUUUUUGUGCUGUCAAGGAUAUGCAUUGUGAUUGUGGUUUGUGAGCGCGAUAAUACUCUUACCAAACUAAACAUAUCCGUGUAGCAUUUUUUUCUUCUUUGAUUUUCAUAAAGUGCAAAGCUAUCAUACUUUUGUAAGCAAUUUCUCAUUGUUCUGUACAUGAAAAUCCUCCAAAUUGAAGUGUGAAUUUUGUGCCAACAAUGAGGAAACCUCUGCUUUAAUGUUGACACUUACAUGACAUCCAUACAAUGAUCCUAUUAUUUUUUAAUAGCUCUAUAUUUUGGGCUAUUUUCAUGACAAAAGUAGCAAACAAUUGUCAAAUUUUGAUUACAUGCAAUUAUGAUUUAUUUUACCACUUUUUAUCCAAGUUGUUUGAGAUUAUAAUAUAUAUUUCUACAUUGGUAAGAUUUAGAAGUAGGGUGAGAUUUUAAGUUGUUGAUAGUAACAGUAAAGUUUUGCUCAAUUUUAAAAAAUACAGAUGUGCCAUUGUGAUAAGAAUAAAGUUUUGAGUGAUAAGUUUGCUCUCAUUUUACCUUUGCAUUACUUGAGAUGGCAGCGAUGUCUACAGUACAGUUUUGAAUGAAAAUAAAUUUUGUGUCACUGAAUAAAAUACAUAAUUUUUAAUAGACAAA